CAAAAGUAAUCAACACGUUUUGAAGUGAAAUAUCGAGGAAGGAUGAUUUUGAUUUCUUUGAACCCAUUAUUAGUCUAUUGCGUGCAGGGCAACACAAGUUAAAUCACAAUUGAGUCACCAAUGUGGUGUUGACAGGCAGGUAAGCCACCAAGGUAGCCAUGGGGCCCGUUCUACAAAAAUAGUUUAGGUUUGCGCCACCUUGUGGCUACUUGCCCGGUCACGUGAUAUGUUGUUAAAAAACGGAAGUCUUGGUGAUUUGAACAAUGGAUUUUAAAACAAUCGAAGAUGUGAUCAUAUUUAGCUCGGCGAGCACUUAAAUCAAACAACAAAACAGGAUUGACAGAGUUAACUGAUUGAGUGAAUGGCUGACAAAAAACAAAACAAAAAGUUAUAACUGUGUGUGUGUUUCAAUGAUAAGAAGAUGGCUCGCAACAAUUUUUAGCCAAAUUUCUGCUAGGAAGCUUUGACAAUGUAACUAUUUCUGUAUGUAACGAAAGGCGGACAAUGAGAAUUACGUACAAAGUGUGCACAAAAUCAGUAGUUUACCUUUUCAAGAGGAUAAAUAAAACAUUCGCAUUUGCUGAAUCAGUUGCCGAUAUAAAUAACCCACAAUAGGUAAAACCUUGCCAAAAGUAUAAGUAUUCCAUUUGCUGGAAUCCGUUUAUAUCUAUAAAUAACCCAUAAUAGGUCAAAUGUUUCGCAACCCAAUAAGUUGGAAUCCAAUUGUGCAGUGGCUGAAAAAGAAUUAUUAUAAUACUUGGGAAUGCUGAUUUCUAUGUGCAGGACUUGCUACAAAUGUUUGUUUGCUCUGAUCAACCAACCAUCUUCUUAGGUGCGAUUUAAAUGAAUAAGCCAGUAUGCAAAAUAGCCUUCGCUGUUGGUGAAAGUUGAAUCCACUGAUUUGCUGUUAGCUCAUCAAUCAGAGCAUGAGAUGAAAAUAAAUGAUCAAGUAUCACCCUUUGUCACUGUGCAACACCAGCGAAGAUGAACGGCAAGAGGGUGACUUCAUCACCAUCGUCAAACUGGAGAAGAAGGUUCCCCGCUGUCUUCCGCUGCUGGAUAAGGCCCGCAUGGCACUGGAAAAGGGAGCUCAGGCGGUUAUUUUUGAUGUCAGCGAUGACGACAACGCGGCUGCCGAGCUGAGAGAAACGGACUCCCUUCCCCGCCCGGUCGUGCUGGUGUAUGCUGAGGAUGCGGAGGAGUUGAUGACUCUGGUCAACAAGAACGAGGAGGCUAAAGUUCGAAUUGAGAUCUUGGUGGAGCAGCCCAGAUGGCCACAUUAUGACGUGGGUAUCCUGCUCACCAUUGUCUUGGCCGUCGUGACCAUCAUCCUCAUUUUUGCUUUCCGCUAUAAGUGCAAGUCCAAUAGAACUUGGGACUCGGUGCAUCAACAGACCAUGAGGGCAAUCAGUCGAUUGGAGACCAAAACCUACAUCUCCCAAGGCUGCUCUAGCUCACAGCGCCUCCGUGGGGCCUGGGGUUCAGCAAGCAGCUCCAACUCCACCCCAGUAUGUGCUAUCUGCCUGGAGGAGUUCCAGGAUGGCCAGCAUCUCAGGAUCAUCUCCUGCGCUCAUGAGUUUCAUAAAGAUUGUGUCGAUCCCUGGCUGCUGCAGCACCGCACUUGUCCUCUGUGCAUGCACAACAUCAUGGGGGCUGAGAGGCACGGCCAGAGGAACCGACUCCAAUCCAGUCCGGAGCAACGUUUCCUUCACCCUCAAGCUUACAGCAGCCCACGAAACCACCCGUUCCCCCAGCAUGACAUCCCUUUCUCUAUGAGGCCACACUAUCCCCGUGGACCUUCGGGCUCGUACUCCUCAGUCGGCCACUACAAUUCCUCAUCUCCCAUGGACAACCAAACGCUUCGUUUGCUCACCAGCAGCAGGCCGCUGGGUGCUCCUUGUGGCUAUCACCUUCCGGCAGAAGGUCCCAGGAGACCCCACAGGACAGGGGGUAACUGCAGGCCUUCCAGUCACCACUACACCCCCCGCCGGUCCUGUCACAACUAUCGCUCAUCUUGUCCAGCUCAGCGUAGUGCCUCCAACUCCAGAGUGCACCACAUCCCACAAAGUCGUGGACUGGCGCCCCACGGCCGACUGGACGAGGGCAGCUGCUCCGGCGGCAGCUACCACACGGACCGCAGUGGAUAUCUAGCCGACGGGCCGGCGAGUGACUCUAGCUCCGGGCCGUGCCACGGCUCCUCCAGCGACUCGGUUCUGAACUGUACCGACGUGUCCCUGCAGGGAGUUUACGGCAGCUGGUCCACUUUUCGCAGCUCGUUGAGUAGCGACUACGACCCGUUUGUGUAUUUUGGGCCGGGUUCUGUGGAAGUGGAAGCCCAGAGCCGGCCUAGGUCUCUGGAUUCGGUGGUGAACAAAGUGGGCUGCCCUGAGGAGCAACCGCGGGCCGUGUUUAGCCACAUUCACUACCACCGCCAUCGACACCACCACUACGAGGACGGGGAGCACGGCCAGGGCCCAAACAGAGGCUCGGAUGAGGAAGUCGGCACAGCCGCCGCCCCUCCGACCCUGGUCUUGGAUAAAGACUCACCUAAGUCCAGUCACUGCCAGUGCCAAAAAACAGACUGUACACAUCUGCCUAGUGCUGGGGCAGAAGGUCGGGAUCAGGACCCAAGCCCGUCUUCGGGACCUUCUGUCCUGGUGCCCUUACAUUUACAAACCCACUGCUGCCACCAGGGACACCCUCCCACAGCUCUCGGGCGGAGCUGCGUGCGAGAUCACCCUUCUGUUCGCUUCCACCAGAGCUUGGACCUUCAGGAUGAUCGGAGCAUCCGCAUCCACUUCGGCCAAGGCUCGGGCUUUUGCUGCUCUCCCCCUGAACUUCACCCCGCCCUCCUUCCUGUACCUCUCAUUCUGGACUCGGGAGGUAUAGACGAUUGGCCCUGCUGUGCCGGAGUUGUCUGGCAAAAGCGGGUGCAGGAGGCCCACUCUGAGCCUCAGCUCCUGGGGACCAAGACCUCCAUUGAGAGACCUCCUUGCACAUCCCAUCAUGGCCUUACUGCAGAUCGCAACACAGACAUUUGUUUAUACUGCCAAAAAAUAUACAAUCAGGGAUCUGAAGAGGAGUCCGGUGUGUGAGAGAACUUUUUUUUUCCCCUAAUAUGACGCUGCUACACAGGAGGCACAAAUGGAUGAUGGUCUUAGUUGCUCGCACUCUUUGCCUGCUGCCACGUAGUCAAUCUGCUUGCAAAGUCUUUAGCAACAACUCCCAAGAAUUCACAAGAUCCCUCUCCAGAAUGUCUCAUUAAUUAUUUUUUUUGAUGGGGAAAAUAUGGAGGAGAAAAAAAAAAAUGGGAAAGGGAUCUUUGUUCUGGUUGUUGACAGUCAUGAGGUCAGAUAUGUGUGCAGGCCUCUUCUAAUUCACAUUUGAUUUUCUCACCAUGGUACCUUUGCGUAAUUUUCAUUUUCUUCAAACUUCUUUCUACUAAGCCUACCUCAGCUCCGAUUUUGUCUUGCCUCACACACAGGGUUUUCUUUUAAGGUACUGCUGUAGUUUUUUUUUUUUUGUCACAUUCAACUAGCUCCCGCAAUCUUAAAAUGUUUCUAAUGUGACAGAGGGAUAAAAGUUCAACAAGGUUGCUGAGCCUUCCGUGGGCCUUGUUUUCAAUACAGUACUUCAAUAAUGGCAGCUUUUUUUCUUUUUUAGGGGGGGGGAUUUAUUUUCUUUUUUUCAAAAUGACUGAACAGUGUUGUCAACUUGACAAGCGACCGUCUCGUUGGCACUUUGCUUCAGAGGGAAUUUUAUGGUGAUCUUAACUUCUCCAGCAACUGAAGCUACUAAAAAUGGUUCUGCGUUGUAACCCUCGAAAACAUUGGAAACAUUCAGUUAUCGCAGUCGGUCAAUAUGUUAGGCCAUACUAAAAAAAAAAAAAAAAAAUGAGGGUUGGGGUUGGUUGGGCUCCUCCUUAAUUGAAAAAUGAUGGCUUUUGUUUUGGAAUUAUUUACAUGUUUAUCAGCAAAUAGUUUUCAGUUCAUUUCGUAACAUAAUAUUUUGAAACUGUAAAACGAUCAACUGACACAAACGUUGAUGGAUAUCUUCUGCAUGGGUAGCUCCGAGAAUCUCCCCGACCCUUUUAAUCACUCAACACUUGACCUUUGCACAUACAGCUUCAAUCACACGAUGACCAACCCUAUUUCUCCACAUUUGCAGUUUACCGCGCUACAUUGGAGUCCGGUAGGAGUACUUUGUCCCUACGUGCCUUAUUUUACUUUGACAAAGGGCAGUUUGACUGCGGAUACACUUUAGUGCCCUUAAAGCUCCAGGGCAUUGCAAUGUAACUUGUAGCACUUAGCAGAGUCUCGUAUGUGCCUUAAUGAAUUUGCAAUGUUUCCUUUUUUUUUUUUUUUUUUUUUUUAAAUACCGCCCCCUUUGUUCAACUGAAGCAAAAUGAAAGUGGUAAUCAAUUUUGGCGCAAAAAACACAAAUAUUGUCCUACACUAAUAUUCCCUAGCUAAAGGAUUCAUGCGCCUUUUAUUGUCUACGGCAGGUUUUUCCUCUUCCGUAGACGUGACUGAAUUAAAAGCAGCACUUUGGGUGAAGCACAUAAAAAAAUAUGACAUAAAAAAAAAAAGUAUAAAUAAGCCCCAAAAAGGCAGAGCACACAAUUUCAAACAAUUCUGUUUGUGUGUGUUUUGCAAGAAUUUUAAGCUUACACUGCCUUUUCAAAUAGAGUGCAAAAAAAAAAAAAAAAGCCCUCCAGACCACCAAGGGAUCCAUCAGUAUGUUUUCGAUACUUGUGUACAAAAAGAGUACAACAAAAACAAAUAGUGUAUAAUAGAACAUUUCAAUAUAGUGACAUGUCACUAAUAUAUUUAUUUACUAAUAUAUUUAUCCAUUUUGUUCAGGUUUGAAAGGGUGGUUUCUGUAUAGGCCAAUUCUUUUUUUUUUUUUUUCUUUAUGGAAAAUAACCAGUGCCAUCACAAAUGUAUCAACCUGUCUUCAUUCCAAUUAUAUGCAAAUAAAUUAUUUUGAAAUA